CGCAACGUCAACCUCUCCGCCAUUGGGUGGAAAAAUAUGGCGGUGCCCAGUUCGGAGAUGGGUGGUCGGCAGCUGCGACCGGGAAAAAGCAAUCGGAUCCUGUUGGUGCGGCAUUUGCCCGCCGUACUGACGGCCUCGGAGAAGGAAGAGUUGCUGAGGCACUUCGGGGCUUCGUCAGUGCGGAUCCUUUCGGACUACGGCAGGCUGAAACAUACAGCUUUUGCAACUUUUCCCAAUGAAAACGCAGCUACUCAGGCUUUAUCAAAACUACAUCAGCUCAAUCUUCUAGGCCACACUCUUGUAGUUGAAUAUGCAAAGGAGCAAGAGAGUGGUCUUGCAAUUAGCCAGCCUUCUGAAAAAGACAAAAGCCUUGAAGAACCUGUCAAAGAAGAGAAGGGGCAAAAAGACCUAACCUGUCUCAGAAUUGAAAGUGGAGUUGCUCCUAGCCAUGGGUUAACAUUCCCUAUAAAUUCGUGCCUCAAGUAUUUGUAUCCCCCACCGUCCAGUACAAUCUUAGCCAACAUAGCAAAUGCUUUGGCAAGUGUUCCUAAAUUCUAUGUACAGGUUCUGCAUCUUAUGAACAAAAUGAAUCUUCCACCUCCUUUUGGGCCAAUUACUGCACGGCCACCCAUGUAUGAAGAGUAUAUCCCCUUGCCACCUCCUAUUCCUCCUUUACCUCCUGAGGAUCCUCCAUUGCCUGAAGACGACGACAGCCAAGACUCAAAUAAAGAUGAGUCUGAAUAUGAAAGUGCCGAUGAAGAAGAAAAAGAAAGAUUUACAAAAUUGAUGGAACUAGCAACCCUUCAGCCAAAACGACCGAUGCCAACAAAGCAGCGUCACACAAGAAAAAAACGGAAGAUAAAGGACUUAUUAAAUGUUUCCCUAGUUGCUCCACCCAGCAAUUUGCACCCAGCACUGACACCUUCAGAUGUGUUUGAGCAGCCACAAACCAUAGGCAUCAAGAAGAUUGAAUUUAACAUUUCUUCAGAGACGCCUACUAUUCUUCAGAAAAGCCUGGAAAAGGAGCACAAUGAUGACUCUUACUCGGAAACUGAUGAUAUAGCUAAUGAAGGAUUUGGAAAAAUUUUCCCGGCUCCCAGUUCUAAUCAUAAAGAGGACACAGAAGAUGAGGAGGAUGAAAUUCCUUCAGAAUUUGUUUCUAAAAGAGAGUUAGAAAAACGCAGAAUCUCAAAAAAAGAAAUGGAAACAUUUUCUGUGUUCAAAAAUUAUGACCCCGGAGAUCCAAACUGCCGAAUUUAUGUGAAGAAUUUAUCGAAACAAGUUCAAGAAAAGGAUUUGAAAUUUAUUUUUGGAAGAUACAUUGACUUUUCAUCAGAAACUGAACGAAUAAUGUUUGAUAUACGCUUAAUGAAAGAAGGCCGCAUGAAAGGACAAGCUUUUAUUGGCCUUCCUAAUGAAAAAGCAGCUGCGAAAGCUUUAAAAGAAACAAAUGGAUAUCUCUUAUUCGAUAAGCCGAUGGUGGUUCAAUUCGCUCGAUCAGCAAGACCAAAGCCAGAUUCCAAAGACAAGAGAAAAGAUAGAGGGAAAAAAACCUGAAAAAACAUUCCUGCGUAAAUACUGCAGUAAUACUGUGUCAUGAAAAGUGUAUCCUUUCUUGUUGUAUCCUUUUUGUGUAUCUUUUUGGAAAAAUUUUUUAUUUUCUAGCAUUGACGUAGACAAAAAAGUAGUAAUACAGACUAAAAUAGUAAACCGUUCUUCUUUCAUUUAAUAGGGCACCCAUAGAAGUUUCUAGCCCUUAAAUGUGCCUUUUAAAAUACCAAUUACGGCUGCCAGGCCUUCAGUAAGUGUAAGUGCUCUGCUUACGUUGGUAGAGCUUAAACGUUGUAUACUAACUGAUGGCCUGGACUGAAGUACCAAUGCACUAAAAUUACAGUAGAGAAUAGUGACUUCCAAUAUCAUGGGGUCCAGGGAGAAAAAUGAAGUGUUCGUAUGUAGCUAUGUGCUUGUUCUGAUCUACAGCUCGGCUGUUACUACCAUGUAUUUUUAUUAUUUAUUUAUUUAUUUAUUUAUUUAUUUAUUUAUUUAAUUAAUUUCUACAGCCGCCCAUCUCAGCAAGGUCGGCAGAGUACACCAUGAAAGAUAAAAAAGCUCAUCUUGUUUACGAUUUUGUUCUUUACGUAACAGAGUAAAGCACAAUAGCACUUAAAGACCAUUGGAUUCAGAACUGGCCUUCAACAAAUAAAAGGGCUGCUUCCUUGAGUAAAAGGGACUGUAGAUUGUAGACUCUAGAGGACACUUGUAGUGGAGAAAGGAAAGUGACACAGUUCUGGCCCCUAGGCUACUUCUCACCCUUUAGGGCGAGUCUCCCAGUUUUCAGGCGCAGAUUUGCAAGAAGGAGAAUAAAUCAGUUAUCUCCUUUCCUCCAGUGGAAGCAUCCUGCUCAGUAGAACUUCACCCAUCAGAAGUACGGGUUCAAGUCUUAGCUUGGCUUUUUUUUAAAAAAAAAAUAUUGAAGUCUUUUCUGUUGAAUGAUAUAUGGGUGUUUAAUGCAUUUUUAAAUUAUUCCAGGUGCGUUUUUGAGUUCCGUGUCUUACAAGUGUGUUCGAGCUCUGGGAAGAAGAUGCAUGGUAGCAGAACUGUUGAAUAGUAUGUAAAAGUACACAAAAUACCAUACAACAUUCUGGUAAUUAUAGGUGCAUCUAUCUUUUUAAACAAAACUCUUCUAAUGGUUCACAUAGCAUUUGUGGAAGAUGCUUCAUUUAAAGCUCUAAUAAAAUAUUCCGUUUUGCAUUGUUA